AUGGCUAGCCGUAAAAAGAAACUACCCCAGGGAGGUACCGGCCGCUCCGCGGCCGGACAAUCCUCCUCCACCGCACCGGAUAUGCCGGGGGUGGACUGUCCCACGUUUUCUGGGGGGGACAACGAUAGUCAGUCGAGGGUGAGAGAAGGUAGUAGGAGGUACGAGUCGGCGCUUGGAACACCCAUCACCGAGGACGAGAUCACAGGGUCGCAAUCGGAGGGAUCAAUCACCCUAGUGAUGAGCACUUCGCCCAAGCGAGUUCAUCGCAAGAGACGAGUUGUCGAGAGGCCGGUACAUCCGGAAUCCGAGGACGACGUCGAUUUGGUGGAGGUAUCUUCGGCGGGUACCCGCCGAAAAACUAGUAAGGAGUUGGUGCUUCGCGCCGAUGAAUUGGGAGCAACAAUUGAGGAGAGUGCUCUUCAGGUUCUUGCCGCUAUCAAAAAGUCCGGCAACCUUAAGGGCACCAUCGUCAGGGAAGUGAAGGGCGCUGUUGAAGCCAUCCGCUCGGCGUCCGAAGUCCUGAAGACGAGGUCGGCCAACAUAGAAAUGGCAACUAUCGCCGAAGAGAACUCCCGUCUCAGAGACGAGCUGGAGGAGCUCCUGUAUGAGAAGAACAGGGCAGCCGCGGAGUGCAUGGCAGAGAAGACGGAGCUGAUGGACCUGCGUGUAAGGGUGAGCUCCACCUACUCCAUUAUUGAGGAGUUAGCGCAGCUGAAAGCUGAGAGAGAGGAGUUGAGGCGGGAGGCACAGGAGAGCAGACGGCUUCUGGAGGACCUUAAGAAGUCCAAUGCUCUGGACCGUAAAGCUAUGCAUGCAGCUAUGGCCAAGCUGGAGGAGGCUAAGAACGCGGCCGAGUUCCCACCGGUCGUGAUCACAUCGGGGACGUCGGUAGUGGCCUCGGUAGACGCCCCGCCCCGGACCAUUAACGAAGACGCCGAAGACCGGAUCAUCCGGCGAGUAGGCGAAAUGAUGGAGAGCCGCUUCGCCGAGAUGGAAGACCCUAUCUCGGCGAACCGCAGGCGACCACCAAAAGCGGCUAAGAGUGCGCCUACUGCCGGAUCAUCCGGUACAGUGCCUGGCGAUGGCCAGUAUUCUCGCGAGCCUAUCGGAAAGAGCGUUCCGCAACCGUCGACCUCAAAAACAAACAAGGAGGGCUGGUCGACGGUUGUGCGACGCGGGAAGGGCAAAGGCGCUGGCACAGGCCAGGCAGGUCCCGCCAAAGUCCAACCCAAGAAGGGGCCGCGCGGCGGCCAGACUGAGGAACCGCAGCGAAAGCCUUCCGAGCGUAAGAAAAGGGUGAAAGCACGCCCCCCUCGGUUAACGGCAGUAGUCCUGACCAUGAGGCCGGGGGCCGAGGAUAGGGGCGUCACCUAUGCGUCGCUGCUCACCGAAGCGAAGUAUUUCUUUGGCCGAGCUCGGCGAGAGGUGGCAGACGCGUUAGCUGCCAGAAUCGAGGAGGUCCUGCCCGAGGACGCAGUCCGGGUCUCCAGGCCAGUCAAGUCGGCCGAACUGAGGAUCGGAGACCUGGACGACACGGUGCUGGUAGCUGAUGUCGUCGUCGCUGUGAUGCGUGACGGGGGGUGCCUGGAAUCCUCGGUGAAAACCGGGGAAAUCCGGCGCAACUCCCAGGGUACGGGAUCUAUCUGGGUGCGGUGCCCAGUGACCGCCGCGAGGAAACUGGUCGAGGCCGGCCGACUAAGGGUCGGAUGGGUGAUGGCGCGGGUACAGUCGCUGGACCCACGUCCCCAGCGGUGCUAUCGCUGCCUACUUACAGGGCAUGUGGGCGUGCGAUGCACCGCAGUGGAAGACAGCAGCGGAAUCUGCUUCCGCUGCUGCGAGCCCGGCCAUAAGGCCGCACGGUGCGCCGCGCCAUCACCGAAAUGUCGGUAUUGUGCUGCGGCGGGUCGCAAGUCCGACCACAGAGUGGGCGUCACCAAGGAGUGUCGCCCGCCGAAGGCCCGUGCACCGGCACCGACCAGCGGCGGCGGAGGGGAAGGGAUGGACACCUAA